AUGAUGCUACUGGUAUCAUCGCAAGCAGCGGUCGCCGAGAUGAAUCAAUCGGCACGCGCAGCUGCAGAGAAGAUAGCUGCUCGCCAGAAUAGACAAGCUGGCAAGAUCAAUAAGACUGCUGCAAGCAGUACCGACACGGCGUUUCGAUUCCAUCGUAUCACGUGUCUCACUCAUCUACCGAACCACGAACGUUCGCUGGCGUACUUGCACAGGCUUGCUGAGGAUCGCUGUAUUUGCAAACUUAUGCAGCAAGAGAAGUACACUGUUGGUCUAUUGACAGAGAUGGACCCAAGACUGCACACAUCUCAUGAUAGCAAGACUCUUGGGCUGAACAAGAAUGCCGGCCAAGAGAUACUGUUGCGUCUACGUACGGACACGCUCGAUGGCUGGCGAGACUACAAAGGUGUGAGAGCGACGCUGCUGCACGAAUUGACGCACAAUGUUCAUAGCGAGCACGACAAGCACUUCUUUGCCUUGCUUGGAAAGCAUUCAAAGGAUGUUCAGCGAUGGGAGGCAGGUCAUACACUUCAACCAGGAGAGGUCUUUGUGCCUACGGAAAGUCUGGUGUCGAGUUGUGGAACACAGUCGGAAACACACCAGCUUGGCUCAACAUCACCCGAGGAGCCUGCGACGGAUGCAAGAGAAGCUAGAGCGCGUGCAGCAGAAUUUAGAGCCAAUCAAGCUCAACGGGAUUAA